UCUGUGGUCUCCUUGUUUCUUUUUGUGGACGAGUUCCAGAUGGCUCAGCAGUGCCUCCAAAAUGAGUAUUUUGACGAAUUGCUGAAGGCUUGCAAAUCGUGUCAACUUCGAUGUUCUAAUACCCCUCCUCCAAGGUGUCAGCGUUAUUGUAAUACAACGAAAGGAACCAAUGUCAUUCUUUGGACCUGUUUGGGCCUGAGCUUGCUAGUGUCUUUGACAGUUUUCGUGCUGAUGUUCUUGCUAAGGAAGAUGAACUCUCAACAAUUAAGGGACGAAUUUAAAAGCACAGGAUCAGCUCUCCGGAAGGAGGCUAAUGCUGACGUGGAUGAUAGAAAAGAUAGCAGGAGCCGUGAGGAAAUGCUUCCCAAACGCCUGGCGUACACAGUAGAAGAAUGUACCUGUGAAGACUGUGUGAGGAGCCUACAGAAGGUUGAUUCUGAUGACUUCUUUCCUCUCCCCGCUAUGGAGGAAGGCGCCACCAUCCUUGUCACCACAAAAACAAAUGACUAUUGCAAUGGCCUGCAAGCUGCUGGGUGUUUUGCAAGGAUGGAGAAAUCAAUUUCAACUAUAUAAUUAACCAUUUUGAGUAGUGUAGAGCUACUUUCAAAAUCUUUUGUCAGAAGGAAAGGAUGAUAUAUGGGAUCUCUUUAGGAUGAUUGUUAUCAGUUGCUGAUAUAGCUUUUUGUCCUCUAAUCCUAGAAAAUCUUUAUGUUAGAUACAUUUCUCUAUUUUACUGUUG